UAUUCAUGGCCGACUUUGGUGACUUUGCAUCUGGCAUAGAGGGAACUACUGAUGCUGGCUCUUUCAUGAAUGACAUUCUUGGUGAUUCAUCUAUUGACCCCACCGCUGACUUUCUUGCCAGAGAGCAGGCCAUUUUGGGUGCAGAUACUGCCGCUCUCUUUGGCAACACCUCUCCAAUAGCCACUCAUAACAGUGGCUUUGCAUCUACUCAGUCUGUGGUUGCAAGUACAACUUCUACUGCUGCUGUGGGUGAUUUGGGCUUUGAGAUACUUUCUGCUGGCUCUGUUCCAACCCCGGCUGCUAUGGCUCCAUUUGCCACCGUCAGCGGUGCUUCGUUGCCCCUAUCCUCGACUUCUCCCACGCCUGCCUUUGGUGUCUUUGAUCAGCAACAUGCUCUUGGAUCUGAAAUGGAUGCUCCUAUAUUUGAUGAGUCUGCCUUUCCAGAAGUCUCUGCCAUUGGUGUGCCUGGAAUGUCUGUUUUUUCAACUCAGACUGGUGCUUCUUCAAUGGGAUUGCCAAUGAAUGUUCCUGAGAUUGAACCAGAAGCAGUUCGUGAGUGGAGAGAACGAUUCAAUGCGGUUGUGGCUGAGCGUGAUGCCAAAUCCAAGGACAAGCACGACCAGAUCCUUCAGCAAGCCAAAGAACAUCUCGAAAAACUAUAUGCCGAAUACAGUGAGAAAAAGGCAAAAAGUAUUUCUAGAAACAAGGAUUUGGAAAAAACGUUGCUGGCUGCUCGUGAUGAAGCUACAUCAGGCACUGUUUGGGAUCGUGCACUCAAACAAAUUGAUAGCGCACAGCUUACUUCAAAGGACAAAAAAUCAGAUGAUAAAAAAGACAAGAAAGCUGCAUCUGCAAAUGCUGCACCUAAAGUCAAAGGUCCUGACACUACUCGGUUUAAACAACUGCUAAUUUCGUUGCGCAAUGACAAAAAGGCACCCGUUAUUUGAUCACAAUCCAUGACUAGGAAUUUAAAUAAAAUAGGUUUUUCGAGUCU